CCCCUCCUCUUCCCCCUCCUCCUCCUUCUCCUCCCCCGCAGCUCAGGUUGCAGCUUCUCUGGGGAGCCGUCCACCUUUGCUGAGCAGAGCCGAGCAGAACCCCGAGUCCAGCGGGGUCCCGGGCAGGGCUCAGGGCGGGGGCACGGCGCCCAGCCCCGGGCAGCCGGGCUGCAGCUGGCGGGCCCAGGCCCCGCGCGGUCGGAGGAGAGGGGCACGGCGCGCCCGGGAAGCCGAGCAAAGGACCUGCCAGCGGUCCCCACUGAUCAUGUACAAGAUGAAGAACUUCAAGCGCAGGUUCUCCCUCUCAGUGCCCCGCCCAGAGACCAUCGAGGAGUCCUUGGCUGAGUUCACAGAGCAGUUCAACCAGCUCCACACCCAGAGGAAUGAGGAUGGUGAGGAGGAGCCCGAGGGGCUGUCCCCCGGCAUGCAGUAUCAGCGACGACAGAACCAGCGCCGCUUCUCUAUGGAGGACCUCAGCAAGAGGCUCUCUCUGCCUAUGGAUAUCCGCCUGCCCCAGGAGUUCUUGCAGAAGCUGCAGCUGGAGGGUCCAGCACUGCCCAAGCCACUCAACCGCAUGUCCCGCCGUGCCUCCCUGUCAGACAUUGGCUUCGGGAAACUGGAAACAUACGUGAAACUGGACAAACUGGGGGAGGGCACUUAUGCCACCGUCUUCAAGGGGCGCAGCAAACUGACAGAGAACCUGGUGGCCCUGAAGGAGAUCCGGCUGGAGCAUGAGGAGGGAGCACCUUGCACUGCCAUCCGAGAGGGUGGGCCUGUCUCCCCAGUGUCUCUGCUGAAGGACCUGAAGCACGCCAAUAUCGUGACCCUGCAUGACCUCAUCCACACAGACCGGUCCCUCACCCUGGUGUUUGAGUACCUGGACAGUGACCUGAAGCAGUAUCUGGACCACUGCGGAACCCUGAUGAGCAUGCACAACGUCAAGAUUUUCAUGUUCCAGCUGCUGCGGGGCCUGGCCUACUGUCACCGCCGCAAGAUCCUGCACAGGGACCUGAAGCCCCAGAACCUGCUCAUCAACGACAGGGGAGAGCUGAAGCUAGCUGACUUCGGCCUGGCCCGGGCCAAGUCAGUGCCCACAAAGACCUACUCCAAUGAGGUAGUGACCCUGUGGUAUAGGCCCCCAGAUGUGCUGCUGGGAUCCACAGAGUACUCCACCCCCAUCGACAUGUGGGGCGUGGGCUGCAUCCACUACGAGAUGGCCACGGGGAGGCCCCUUUUCCCAGGCUCCACCGUCAAAGAGGAGCUGCACCUCAUCUUCCGCCUCCUUGGUACUCCUACAGAAGAGACGUGGCCCGGUGUGACCGCCCUCUCCGAGUUUCGAGCCUACAGCUUCCCCCGGUACCAGCCGCAGCCGCUGCUCAGCCACGCCCCCAGGUUAGAUACCGAAGGCAUCAACCUUCUGACCAGCCUCCUCCUGUAUGAAUCCAAGAGUCGCAUAUCAGCAGAAGCGGCCCUGAGUCAUCCCUACUUCCACUCUCUGGGAGAACACGUGCACCAGCUUGAAGACAGAGAUCCAACUCCAGAAGGACCCAGGUUACCGUGGCCUGGCCUUCCAGCAAACAGGUCGAGGAAAGAGCCGGCGGCAGAGCAUCUUCUGAGCUGCGUGCACCCUACUGCUCCUCGAGGCUUGAGGGACCAAUGGCCACACGGAACACAAAUUCAGGAAGGAUGGGGCCUGUGGAGCCAUCAGAAGGUUGGAGGAAGAGAGCCAGUAGCCAGCCUGGAGGAUCACUUGGCUGUCCUGUUGGUCACAGCUGUUUCCUGUCCCUGCUUCCCAUGUGCCUCCAUAAUGGCCUUUGCUUGGACACCAAUUCCCCUGUCACCUUCCACGGGGCCGAGUGUAAGCUGCUUUCCUGAGAGAAGAUGAGAGGCAAGGAAGGACCUUGGACCCUCUCCCAGCAUGCAGUGCUCAGGUGUCAGCCUGUACGGGAGAAUACAGGUGCCAGGCUGAGUGCCAGUCCCUGGGCCUACUCCCCACCGUGUCUUCAUGGGGCCUGCCUGCCUCGUCAGCCUGGCAGACCCCUUCUCGUCCCUGGGAACCCACAUACAUUUCACCUUCUCCUCUGAGAACAAGAAGGAACAUAGCACCUUCCUUGGGACCUUGGGAUUGUGGGUGCUCAUGCAUGUGCCAAAGCAUCGGCCAGAGGGAGACAUCAGCAGAAGGAAUAGUAGGCUGUCUGGUCACCAUCCCCAACCUGCUUUUGUCCCUUCCUUGCUAGAGGACCACGUGCCUCUAGCCUGAUCCAUAGCUGGAUGGCACCAGCAUGCUGCUGGAUGUCCAGCUGCAUCUGGAGGCGGCCUGGUACCGCCAGCUGCAUUCCUGCCACCUCAGUCAACCCUCUGCCCGUCUCCCAGUCGGGAUACAGUUGCCUUAAGUUGGCAGGAGGUAGAACAUGUACUGCCCUUGAAGCUCUGACCAGCUCCGACCUGCCCCUCCUUCCCGAGAGCCACUCCUGCAGGUGUUAUCAUUCUCAGGGCUGAUAAGUGAGCCCUGGCUCAGGGUCCCCAAGGCUGUCACUCAGAUAGGCAAGGUCACCCUGACACUGGUGCCAGGCUGGCCUGGGCUCCUAAGAACCAACACAACCUCCCCACCCCUCCUUCCCCAUGGUCUCGUCCACAUGACCCUGGCCCCAGCCUCCGUGGAGACAGGGAAGGGUACCAGCCUGAUCUGCAGAAAGGUGAGAUGGGAGCAGGUUUGACCCUGGGAGCUGGGAGCCCCUGAAGAAGACACCCUCAGCACCCUUCUUCAGUACCCAGCUCAUAUUCUCAGCGCCUCAACAUUUGCCUGAAUCUUGAAGGGCAAAAGCUGGGGGAAGGCCAGCUUUAUCCACAAGCCCGCUCUCCCUCCCUGUUCCCCACCACUGCCGCCAGCCCAAGCCCCUCCACCCGAGAAGCAGCCCCGGAGCCUGCCCCCGCCCAGCCCUCCACUCCUCCCCUGCUAACUGUGAAUGUCCUGUGACUCAGAGCAAAGACAGAAUAUAUAUUUAAUUCAUGUUGUA